AUGGAGGACAAGAAAGUUCUUCAUUUUGUGCCAUCUGAGACCCCAGCAUCUGGAUGUUCUAAGAAUGGAUACGCCUUCAAAGAGAUGGAACUGCGAGAUGAGGGGAAGGAGGAGUGUGAGACUGGGAAAGAGGGAUGUUCAGAAUCUCACAACUCUUCCCUCUAUGACAGUCACAUCCAGCUGGGGUUUCCAGAUACAGACACCCCAGGAUUUGGCCUCCUCAACACAUCCAGAAAAUAUGUGAAGUUGAUGAACUUCCAAGAGGAAGUGAGGGCUCACCGUGAUCUGGACAGCUUCCUGGCUCAGGCCAGCAUCCUCUUGGAUGAGAAAGCUGCCUCUCUGGAUGAGGUGUUGCGGCGCAUGUUGGACCAUAUAACCAAAGACGGGCAAGGCACCUAUAAUGUGGAGGAGGUCAUGAAUAACCUUUUCACAGAUGCCGGGGGUCAAGAGGCGAAUGUCCAUCUACUGGCUGAAACUAUUCAGGGAGUGACAGCGACAGCCACUGGUGUACGCUACCAGCAGUCCUGGCUAUGUGUGCUCUGUAAUGUGAAGAGUCUUCAGAGGCGCUGCGUGUGUAUUGCACGUCUUGAGCGCCCGCAGAAUUGGGGGGUCAACUGCUGUGAGGUCCGCUAUGUCAUCCUCAUCCUGGCUCCACCCAGAACGAAAAGCACUAAGACUGCAAUCGAGCUGGCUCGAACAUUUGCCACCAUGUUCUCAGACAUGUCCUUUAGACAGAAACUUCUGGAAACCAAGACUCAAGAGGACUUCAAGCAGGAACUGGUGCUCCAGAGGCAACAGCUCUCUAUUGCUGUUCAGAGACCAUCUAUGGUGGAGGAGACUGAUCCACACAGCAACAAACCACUGAAGGUGAUGGAUUUUCUCCGAGUUGGCCGGGGUAUUUAUGAGGAUCUUUGUCGUAGGCUUCCUCUUUAUAUCUCAGACUACACUGAUGGUAUCACGGAUCCUAACUCUGUGCUGAAGUAUGUCACCACUGCCAUCUUCCUCUACAUUGCCAUCCUGCUGCCAGCCAUCGCCUUUGGCUCUCUUAAUGAUGAGAGCACACGCGGAGAAAUCGAUGUACAGAGGACCAUAAUAGGUCAGAGCAUUGGAGGGAUUAUCUACUCGAUCUUUUCUGGCUCUCCUUUAGUCAUCCCCUUGACCACAGCACCUUUGGCAAUCUUCAUCAGCGUGAUCAGGGGCAUCUGUGAUGACUAUGACUUGGACUUUGCUGCAUAUUAUGCCUGUAUUGGCCUGUGGUGUGGACUCUUCCUCAUCCUUGGGGGCAUCUUCAAUGUCAGCCUGUUUAUAAGGCUCCUAAAACGCUCAACGGAGGAAAUCUUCGCUCUUUUCAUAGCUAUUGCCUUUGUGGGGGAUGCAGUAAAAGGCACUGUCAAAAUUUUUGAGAAGUACUAUCAUGAUCCAACAAUAGUCAAUGGAAGUACAGAGGAACUGCAUCGCUUAAGUGAACUACUCCAAAAGGCGGGGAAUAGCACAGAAACUGGGCAUAUCUCAAUGCCUGAAAUGCUCAUUGUGUGCACUAGAGAGCGCCCUAUACUCUGUCUUCUGCUCAUGCUGGGAACAGUGUGGCUGGGAUAUGUCCUUUACCUCAUCAAGAGGAGCCCAUUUCUCCAUGCCAAAGUGAGGGAAGUAGUAUCUGACUGUGCCUUGCCAAUCUCUGUGGUCAUAUUUUCAUUUGUGGGCUCCUACCUGUUUAUUGACAUAAAACUCCCAGUGUUUAACUACCACAAUGGCCCAAUGUUCAAUGUGGCACCCUUUAACAAACUCACAGGCUUGAAUGCUCUGAGUGCAUUAGGCCUGGGAUUUCUGCUCUUCCUUCUCAUCUUCAUUGAUCAGAAUAUUGUGGUGUCCCUCACCAAUGCCCCCGAAAACAGAUUGUUGAAAGGAACUGCAUAUCACUGGGAUCUGAUGCUUGCUGGCUUCAUCAACAUCCUCAUGUCAGUGGUUGGGUUGCCAUGGAUGCAUGCUGCCAUCCCUCACUCCACUUUACAUGUGCGACAGCUAGCCCAAGUGGAACAACGUGUGGAAGGGGGACACCUUUAUGAGACAAUUGUCAGUGUGAAGGAGACUCGUCUGACCUCAUUGAUUGCCAACAUCCUGAUUGGGUUGUCAGUGUUCCUGCUGCCAGUUCCCCUGCAGUGGAUCCCAAAGCCUGUUUUGUAUGGUCUCUUCCUCUACAUUGCCCUCACUUCCAUUGAUGGGAAUCAGAUGUUUGACAGAAUGGCUCUACUACUCAAGGAGCAGACCUCCUACCCCCCCACCCACUACAUCCGCAGAGUCCCCCAGAGAAAAGUGCACUACUUCACUGGCCUGCAAAUGAUUCAGCUGACCAUCCUGUGUGCGUUUGGCAUGUACCCACUGCCAUACAUGAAGAUGAUCUUCCCACUACUGAUGAUUCUGCUUAUUCCUGUCAGGAACGGCCUACUGCCGAGAAUAAUUGAAGCCAAAUACUUGGACAUAAUUGAUGAGCACAUGUGA